AUGAAGGACAAUAAAGUCGUCAAACCUACCGAUGGUCCAGAAAAUUAUGCGCGUGCGAUUAUUUCCCUCUCUAAAAGAUAUACCAGCACCUCGGUGUUUCCUGGCAACAAUUAUGUCGAUCUUGCAGAAUGGAUACUACAGGACCGCAACAUCCUGAGAACAAAAUCCGGCCUGUCGCCCAAACCUCCGUCGCUUGUACACAGAGCAGGUGCAACACACGACCUUGUUGUAGUUUACUACAAUGCAGACAAGAAGUGGCAUAUAGAGGGCUAUGACUCGGAGAAAAGUCAGGAGCUACACGGCGACAUGCACAUCUCUGCUGGUGAUGUAGGGCAGAUCGUCUUCAUUCGGGGCUUCAUUUCACCUCGGUGGGUCUCUACCGUGGGAAGCAAGUACAACGUCGACCCGGAAUUCUUUCGUCGGCAUAUGGAUUUUCUCUCUGUCAGUAUUGAAAGGGCACAGCAGCUCAGAUCCUCCAAAAUCACAUGUGGUGAUUCCGUGGUGCGCGAGUACGCUACACUUUGCUCAUCUUUCUCGAUUAUCGAGCAAUGGAUUUCUCUUUGCGUCACGAAAAACACAAGGGGCUGGACAGUGGUGGUGUGGAUGGAUCAUGGCCGACCGCUUGAGCAGUCGCCGCCCGGACCAUGGACGAGCCACGUCCUGAACAAGGCAACUCCAAUUCCAAUUAUACAGCAUCAUCCUAAGAUGGCUUUCAGAACAACUACAAAUAGGCUGAAACCCGAAAUGAAUGAAGCAUCGCAUACAAUGCAGAGUACGGCGGUGCUUCCUCUGCAGUAUGACUCAAUUAUUGCUCUGGUUGAUUUGGCAAGGAAAGCGCCGACAGAGCCUCUGUCCAUGUGCAUUCCGCUAUUUGCGCAUGCGGCGUACUCGGAAGUACAAUUUUUGAACCUCAUGCAAGCGAAAAUUGAGUCGUAUAUCGAGAAAAUGACAGAUGCUGUCACAACGGACGUGCUGAGCUCCCUGCAAUAUUUUUCCAAAAUACUCACCCGGCAUGCCCAGCAGCUGAAGCACAGCAUAUUCGCUCUAGAUCGGCUUGCAGAUCGAAGCGCUCAACAACUUCAUGGCAUGAAAUCCGAAUCGACCGGACCUAGAAGCGCCACCGGCAUACAACCCACAAUUGAUGCGGAAAUCGGCGCGCCACCGAGCUUUCAAGUGGGCAACAAUGGUGGCUCAUUCACGGUCAAAGGGCUACUCGAUGACUACGAGGACCUUCGAGAACGUUGCAUCAACCUAUCCAAAUUAUGCAGUCGCGGCAUAACGUUGGCAAUGAAUCGGUCGAUCAUUGAUGAAUCUCGCAGGGCUGUAGAGCAGUCGGAGCGAGUGAAAAAGCUAACAAUACUGGCGACAAUUUUUAUCCCGCUUGGAUUUUGUUCCAGUUUGUUUGGCAUGAACAUCGAUAUAUUAGGGCAAGGAAGCGUUGAGUUUUGGUGGUUUUUUGUAGUUUGUGUCCCCAUUACCCUGCUGGCGUAUGUAUUCUAUCUCUGGGACUCGGGAGCAGUCAUAAGAUGGGCUUUGCGGAUUUGCAUUCGUGGAGGACAAAGGCGCGACUCUUUCAAGCUACCAUAG